CUGGAGGCACUUCUCUUUUAGAAGAUCUGGUGGUGGUCUGAACAUUAAUUAGUUGGCUACAACUUAUUUUUCUUUGGAAUUUUGUGACAAGGUUGUUGUUUUUUUGGCAGCUGGUUCCUACGUUGGUUGUUGUCGAUGCUCUUCUCAUGUUCAAACUCAUGUCAGCCCAGAUCUCAUUGAAGAUGUCUUCAGUUCAAGACAAAACAUUUUCAUCUUUGAGAACUUCAGCUUUUCUGAUAAUUGUGGUGAAAGUCUUGUGCUGUCAAACCCUCACAUGUCGUCCUGAAGAAUAUCAGAUAGACAAUAAAUGCUGCCUAAUGUGUCCACCUGGAAACAGAGUUAAAAUAGAUUGUACAGAGUUCAGAACUACAUCAUGUCUGCCCUGCAUGAGUGGAACUUAUAUGGAUAAAGCUACUGGACAUAAGCAGUGUUUCCAAUGCAGCAACUGUGAUACAGGUUCUGGUCUGAAGGUAAAGAGGUCAUGUACAACAACAUCAGAUACAGUUUGUGAACCACUUGAAGGAUACUUCUGUAUUGACUUAAUAAAGGACCAAUGUGAAGCAGCACAGAAACACAAGGACUGUGAUCCAGGACAAUACAUCAAGGAAAAAGGUACAUCCUCCUCAGACACUGUGUGCUCUGACUGCAGUGAUGGAACAUUUUCAGAUGGAACAUUAACAUCUUGUCACCAACACACACAAUGUGAAUCAAUGAACCUUCAGCUGAUAACCGCAGGAACUAAGUCAACUGAUUCUGUUUGUGGGGAAAGAACUUUAAAUAUUGUAGUUUUUGUGGGCUUCAUCAUCUUUCUGGUUGUUGUCGAUCUUGCAGUAGCAGUAUCGUACUGCAUCAAAAGAAAGAACAAAUGUCCAGCAGUUACAGAUGAAAACAAUCAUGCAGACAACUCCAUAGAGAAUCCCCAAGAUACACAACAACCAGCACAAGAAUUGAUGCCAUUGUCAGAGCAGGAGGAGGUUAAACCUGUGUAACCAGUCUAAACUCUCAGAUGAAAUCUGUUUUCUGUGGACUACAUUUGCUCCAGAAUCCAGUUAUUAUUCAUUUGGACGCUGUCUUUACAGAGAACAGAAAAAUCAAAUCAGUGACAUAGAGACAUUUAAACUGAGUGUGUCUGUCUUAAUAGACUAAUAGUUACAGACUUUCCUGUGUUCAUCAGUGUUGUUUAGUAACAUCAGGUUAUGGUUAAUACUUAACCUUUCAUAAAAAAACAUGAAGAUUUUCUAUAAUAGAAAAAGACAUUAAAUCUUAAAGGUUUUGUGAAUGUGUUACAUGCUGAAGUGUCCUUGAGCAAGACACUGAACCUCCAGUUGCUCCCAGUGUG